AUGUUCCGAAUUAUCGUGGCACUUUUUAGCCUUCUUUCACUUGUCCUGGCAGGACCUACUGAAUAUGAUCAAGUCCACACUUGGAUGCCCAGAAACUAUUGCAAUGAUCCUGUUUCGAAAUACCUAGUCCCUGGAGGCCAGGACCUUGUCUCCGACUUGGUGGUUGGCCGGAAGAAGGCAAGUACCGAGGUUGUGCCAGCUCGAGUCCGAACCUCUACUCUUAAGGCCAGAUACAAUGGACAAAACCAUGCCGGAACUACAUCCCGUGACUAUGAUUUUUUGGUGGCCCCCGAGGGUGUUACUUUUGGGUGGAUCCCAAGUAAGAACGGACUCUCCGAACCGGGAGCGGUGGCUGCAGGAACCGACGCAGACGGAGAGUCUGUAAUUGUCUGCCGUGGAAAUACGACAUCAGGAUUAAUUAUCGGAUCCCUGUAUCCCAGUAAAGGAUUGUGCUACAUUUGGCCCGAGAACACUUCAAAAGUACUUCUGAGUGAUUAUGAAGUUCUGGUUUCCAAUUAG